UUUACUCACUUUUGUUCACAUCGGACUGUCUCUGCCAGCAGCAGCAGCGGACUGGAGUUGAGAGAAAGAGAGAGACGCUGAAAACCUCCCCGUCCUGAAGGAGAAAAAACAACAUUACGCAGGGAUAUUUUUUAAAACGCUUGUGCUUUUCGACAGGUUUGCUCCAUCGUUAUUGUGAGAACAGGAGGCAGAGAUGGCGAUGCACAUGGGUGAGGUUGAUAAUGGCAUGGUGAAGGUGGCAGAGUGGCAGGAGACCAUGUAUGGUUUGGACUCGGGUAUCCAGUCUGGAGCCACUACAGUCAGAGAUGACGACGGCGAUUACACCACCACUAAGCACUACACCAUGACCACCACUGUCAGCGGUGGACAGCAUGACUUGGACGGCCAGUAUGCUAUGACCAGAGCCCAGCGUCUGCGGGCUGCCAUGUUCCCAGAGACACUGGAAGAAGGCACUACCAUCUUGUCCACUCAGACGGACCCAAGCCAGAUGACAAAUGUCCAGCGCCUGGCCGAGCCUUCCCAGAUGCUCAAGACCGCCAUCAUCCAUCUGAUCAACUAUCAGGACGACGCUGAGCUGGCCACGCGCGCCGUUCCUGAACUCACCAAACUGCUCAACGAUGAAGACCAGGUGGUGGUUAGCAAGGCGGCGAUGAUCGUGAACCAGCUCACACGCAAAGAGGCGUCGCGCCGCGCGCUAAUGCAGUCUCCUCAGAUGGUGGCAGCAGUGGUGCGGGCCAUGCAGAACACCAGUGACAUGGAGACAGCGCGGGCCACAGCCAGCAUCCUCCACAACCUCUCCCACCAGAGAGAGGGUCUGCUCUCCAUCUUCAAGUCCGGAGGCAUCCCCGCUCUAGUCCGCAUGCUCAGUUCUCCCAUAGAGUCUGUGCUCUUCUAUGCCAUCACCACACUCCACAACCUGCUACUGCACCAGGAGGGAGCCAAGAUGGCUGUGCGCCUGGCCGACGGCCUGCAGAGAAUGGUCCCCCUGCUGAAGAAGAGCAACCCCAAGUUCCUGGCCAUCACCACAGACUGUCUGCAGCUGCUGUCCUACGGCAACCAGGAGAGCAAGCUGAUCAUCCUCGCCAACGCGGGUCCCGAGGGUCUCGUUCACAUCAUGAGAAACUACAGCUAUGAGAAACUGCUGUGGACCACAAGCCGUGUGCUCAAAGUCCUCUCUGUGUGUCCCAGCAACAAGCCUGCCAUUGUAGAGGCUGGUGGGAUGCAGGCUCUGGGCAAACACCUCUCAGGCUCCAGCCAGCGUCUGCAGCAGAACUGCCUGUGGACCCUCAGGAACCUGUCUGAUGCUGCAACCAAGCAGGAGGGAAUGGACAACCUGCUGCAGGUGCUGGUCGGCCUGCUCAGUUCAGAUGACAUCAACAUGCUCACCUGUGCCACCGGCAUCCUGUCCAACCUCACAUGCAACAAUUCCCACAAUAAAACCCUGGUCACCCAGAGCAACGGCGUAGAGGCACUGAUCCACGCCAUACUGCGCGCGGGCGAGAAGGAGGACGUGACCGAACCUGCCGUCUGCGCUCUGCGCCACCUGACCUCACGCCACCAGCAGGCUGAGAUGGCACAGAACGGCGUGAGGAAUCACUAUGGCAUCCCCGCCAUCGUCAAGCUGCUCAACCAGCCCUACUACUGGCCUGUCAUUAAGGCGGCGGUCGGCCUGAUCCGUAACCUGGCCCUGUGCCCAGAGAACCAGGCUCCUCUCAGGGAUGCAGGAGUGAUCCCGCGUCUCGUCACACUGCUGUCCAAAGCCCACCAGGAUGCCCAGAAACACGGCUCAUCUGCCCAGCAGACAUACCAGGAUGGAGUGAGGAUGGAGGAGAUUGUGGAGGGCUGCACAGGAGCACUGCACAUCCUGGCCAGAGAUCCUGUCAGCAGAGCAGACAUCGCCAACAUGCAGACCAUUCCUCUGUUUGUGCAGCUGCUCUACUCUCCAGUGGACAACGUGAAGCGCGUGGCGGCGGGCGUCCUGUGCGAGCUGGCGCUGGACAAACCAUCAGCCGAGGCCAUCGACAGUGAGGGAGCGUCCGCUCCUCUGAUGGAGCUGCUGCACUCCAACAACGAGGGCAUUGCUACUUACGCUGCUGCCGUUCUCUUCCGCAUCUCCGAGGACAAGAACACCGACUACAAGAAGAGAGUGUCCGUGGAGCUCACACACUCACUGUUCAAACACGACCCCGCUGCCUGGGAGAUGGCCCACAACAGCGUCCCCAUGGAUGCACACUAUCAAGAAGAGCUGGACACUGGUUACCAAGGCUUCCCAGUCGGAGCAGGAUAUGCAGGUGAAAUGGCCAUGGAUGGCAUGGAGGGAAACAUGAUGCACGAGGACUACUCCUAUGAGAGACAACCAUACCCUUAUUAAAGAUGGAGAGACAAAAGGAGGAGUUGAUGAGGAGUGGGACAUAAUAAGACAAAGAAGAAGAGAAUACAGGCAUCAGUAGAGAUUAUUGCCUCUGCUCUCAGCCUGAUGUAAUAUAUGCAAUUAUCUCUGAGUGCCGGACUCAUAAUCUUAACAGGGCUCAACUCGACUUUGUUCUCUAGCCUAAUUUUGCUGAUUAUUAUAAUAAUGACAAUGGCAAUGCUUAUAGGUUUCUGUUAGGAAAACCUUCUACGAGUGUGUGGCAUGUGAGUAACGUGUGACUGUGUGUGUGCUUGUGCUUCUGGGUGGGUAUUCUAUGCCAAAGAGAUUUUAUUUUGUGAUGAUAAUCUUGUAGCUUCCCGUUUUUUUAAGAAAAAGAAACAAAAAAAAGACAAUAAUAGUUGAAAACACUGCCAGGAGGUGGCUUGACGUGCACAGUGCCCCCUGCUCACCGCUCUGUCUUUCCUUCUUUCCUACUCUCCUUCUCUCCUUACUGACUUUGUAACAGACACUGCUGAUAGACACUAUACUCUGUCGACUUUCUCCCCGCUGUGACCCCGAGAGUCGGUGAAAAGCCGCUUCUCACGGACUUGUUUGAACAAAAGAGGAAGUGUGGAGAGAGCAGUGAAGGGCUGCCCCUCCUCCACCACCUCAACCCCACCCCCCACACACACUCGUAACGUCAUCGGCCGACACGUGGACGUUAACAAGAGGGUUGUUUGUGUUUUUGUUUUAUUUUUUUAAUGAAUUUGUUUCCCAUCUUUUAAAAGUUAUUUACUGGGCAAAGGUUCACGUAAUCUGACAUGACCAGAAGAUUAACAGAAAAAUGGAUUAGAAACAGAACCUGUAGAGACGAGUUUGUGUGACGAUGAUCAUUUGCAGAACAGCCGCGUGGGUGAUGCGAUUUUUACGUAUUUGUGUUUAACAGGCUGACUAAUAACGUUAGUCAACGCAUAGGAUAAUGUAAUGUUGGGGACGGCCCUACAGCUAGAGGAGACUACUGACAGGGAAAUUUGUCUUUCUACUUAAUGAGAGUUUUUACUGAAAUUUUGUUUAAUAAAAAUAAAGGAUAUAUUAAACAUA